CGCAUCAAGGUUUACGAAAUUACAUACACAUGUGCGUGCUUAGAUAUUGUUCAUAUCAAUACAUUCGGAUAAUUAUUGGCGCCAUUCAGACUUUCGAUUAUUCGAUUAUUAUCAGUCUCUUUGGAUACAAAUGAAUUUAUGGCAGCGUGCCCAUUUUUUUCCUACGAUUCGUUUAUUUUAUUUCAUCGUGGUUUUAUUCCUUUUUUUUUUUUACUUCAAAAAUUAAACUGUCGGGAUCUUUCCGUCCUUGAACUUGAACAGUGUAAUCCGUUGAUAGCAGAAUGUAAGCGAGAACUGAGAAAUUUAAUCAAUUGUUUUUUAUUUUCAGUUGAAAAUAUAGACGAACAUCUACAACAAAGCGUAUGGUUCGUGGGUAUGCGUGUAUACCUAUUAUAGUACAGCUGAGGAAGUCGAUGACAAAUAUUUGCUUAGCUGUAUAGGAGGUAAAAUACUGGAAAUCAGGUCAUAAUAGGGAUAUGCGCCAGGGAUUUUGGCAACUUGGACUCGACCGUGACCCUGACCGUUGUGAAAUUUUGAAUUUCGCGAGCUCUUUCGAACGACUUAUUGUGCGUCCAACGAAAAACCAGUUCCUCGGCCCGGUACGGUACAAUAUCUCGAUUUCACGUGUAUACCAUGCGAUCGUCUAGAUAUGCUCGACUUUUUAAACGUACACUACGUGCAAUAUGAAUGGUUACACUUUUUAAAUCUAAAUAAUCUUUCCGAUCGGUGUUGAAAUCUUUUUUUACUUUUUCUUUCAAACUUCAAUUACAAUUUUCACAGUCCCGCGGAUACGACGGGAAUAAGUCACCUGGACGUCGAUCAUUUUUCACCUUCCCUGAUGAGUAAUGUACCGAACUGUGUACGCGCAGUUUCAACGAUACGAGGUUGGUAUUUAUAGGUAGGUUUUCAGGUCGAAAAUAUUGGUUUGGUUUUUGCCGCAGAUGCCAAUUGAAAAAGUCUCCGCGUCAAGAGCCUGUCAAUCCUGGUAUUCGAAGGACAAAAUUGACGGUAUGGCAUAACCGACGCGAUGCACGGACACCUAUAUAGCUACAGAGAAGAAAAAAUCAUUCCAAUUUUUCUAGCAUCUGUCACUAUUUCAAAAGACGUAAUAUACGUACGUAUAUGUAUAUAACGUUGUAUAUAGGGCGAUGAAUUUCUCGAGAUUACUUCGCCAAGAUUCCAGCCUCUCAAGACCCUUGCCUCUACAUAGAAAAUCCGUGCGUAUAAUUGCCGGACAUUUUGUAAGACCGUGCAUACAUCUUCGACGUACACGUAGACAUUUAUGUAUACAUAUAUAUACACCUAAUACGUAACGACAAUUCCAAGGGAUAUAAUUCCGCCACGCGCGGGUGGCUUUUGUAUACCCAUGCACGCGUUCGUCUUGUACAUAUAUGUAUAUAUGUAUACGGCUGAGCUAGACGGUAACUUUUCAAAAACCCUGAAAAGCCAGGCCGAUUUUCAUUUUUAACAGAGAAGAAAAAAAAUGAAUGGAAAGGAAAAGAAAAACGGAUAAGUUACAUAUACCAUAAGUUACAGACCAUUCUUUUUUCGUUCAUUCCAUUCGUUGGACAAGGAGCAGAAAACACUUCAUCUCUUACGUGGUACAAGUUUCGUAAAAAAUCGUUAAAAUAAAAGUGGGUUUUCGAAUUUUGUUCACGAACCCCGAGAAAAGUUUUUUUUCGAUUUUAUUCGCAGCUUGUCGAAUUUCAAAAACGACGUAUACUUGAUAAGAUGACGUUCGUGCCGAGGAAACGUAACGAGGAAGACCGGAAGUACGAAGUAUCAUGUCUAUAUAGGUAUAUACUUACAUGGGUAGGUAUACGUAUGUAGUAAUUUGCAAAUUGUAGCCAUGUACAGCUCAAGUAGGCAGAACACCUUCAACCCUCGGGUAGUGUAAUACGUGAGGAUAUCACGCUCUGAUGAUCGUCUGCACCGAUUUCGAUGUUCGCAUUUGGAAAAGUAUUUUAUGAUCAUUUCUCUCAAAAUUUCUCUUUGCCAAAAAUCGGUCAGGAUCAUUCGCUAUAGAUUCAGUUCAAUAACACAGCGAAAUUCGGAAUCCAAAUUCUAAUAUUUCGACAAAUUAAUUGUCGAUAAGAGUCUCGAAUUUCAUUCUCCAGAUAAAAUCGUUCUAAACUUCGACUCGUGUGUAUAUCGGUAGUUUUUCGAUGAAAAUUCAAACUUCGAUUCCAAUCGACCACGUUGUUCGCUUAUUUUCACAAAAGAUUGUCGGACAGGCCGUCAAGUGCUCCGACAUACGUUUAAGCUAACCCGUUAUUUAGUAAAAUUCCCUAUAGAUAUCCCAUGAUGUUUGAACCCCCUUUUUAAUACGCAUUUACACUCCAACUUUUUAAGUCCAUAUGCAACGUGCGUGUCAACGAUCCCAUAUAACAGUUGUUCGAUGCGUUGUCGAGUGGUUGGAAAGUCCUGUCGGCAAGUGUCGCACCGCGUAUAACAUUGUGUACAUACACGUGUACGCCUGUACACCUAUUUACCCAUACGAGACAUUAUAAUAUUCGGAUGAAUAAUGAUCGAUCAGAGUGAAAUUUGUGAACACCUUUUCGUACGACCAUCAAUCGUUUUACGUAUAAUUCGAAUCGAAUUGAAUGUUAAAAUUCUGUGUAUAUGAAUAAUGAGCUUCCGUGAAAUUGGUUUGUUAUUACCUGAUCAUCAUCGCUUCUGCAAUUCAUUUUAUCAUCGUCAUCGUCGUUUUGUUUUUUUUCGAUUUAUUCAAUUUUACUUUCAUUAUCUCCAGUCUGACGAGUGAAGAUCGGGAAGUAUCCGGAGGUGACGAAAGUUCGAAUGCCGAUAACGAUUCAAAGGUAUAAGAAAGUAACUCCCGUAGUCGAAAAUCAUCCAAAGCAGAUACACAAGUAUAUAUUUAUCGAUGAGGAAUCGAUCGAACUCUGGUCCUGGAGGAUGAAAAGAGCGCUCACCUGGAUUCCUGGGCCAGACCGAAACAGAGUGGGGGUAAGUCCCAGAGCCCAAAAGUUACAUAAGCCACGAUUUCCCGCCGCUAGUCUUCAGUCAGCAACCGGUCGUCGAGGUAAACGCACAACAUGCGUUUACGGGUACCGAUAAAUGAGAAAAAAAAAGACCGCAUGUGCCGUAAAACGAUUUAUUUUAUUACUGAAAACGUUGUGCUAAAAAUGUAAGUGAAUUUGACCAAGGCGACGAAUUUCAGCGGAGCGUGUAGCUCGUCAUAAAAUUAUCGAAUAAAAAAAGAAAAAAAAACAAAUAAAAACAAAUUCCGGCUGCUACUAGAUGAAUUUGUUUUGAAGGUUUUUCAAGGGUUUGUGCAACGAUUUUCGUGUAGUGGGCUUGAUCUGUUAUAGAGGAAAAAUCCUUCCGUUACCGGACGAUCGUGCGGUAAAACGUUACACAACUGUGAUUACAGACGAUUUAUAUCGUGUCAUGUAGUUCAAGGUGCGGAUUAAUUAAUUAAACUUGUACCUGUGUACACGGUAUAUUUAUAUGAUAUACAAGAACGAAAGAUUAGAACGUUAAUAAAUUAGUUGACUUUUUAUUGUGAUUCUUUUGUUCUUUAGUCAAUUGGUUUUAUUUGUGUAGUUUGGAUAAAAUAAGUGACAGUGAUUGUAUCAAGUGAUCGAGGAUAAACAUUUUUUAUAUAUAAACACCACAAAAUACGGACACGAUAUAAAAACGGUUUUAUCAACGGAUUGCGUUAACUGAUGUAAAAUCUUACGUCGUUUAUCCACAUUCUUAGAAAUGCUCAAGUGGACGGUAUCCCGACCACUCUCCACGGCGAGUACGACCCCCCACAGCGUUCAGCAGCCCAACCGGACCCGACGACCUUUCGUUGACCUCUCCAACACUCCCCCUACUCCGAGGGCGCAGCCACAGGCCCAAGUGAAUCCGAUUCGUUCGACGCCCGCACGAAGACGAAGAUGCCGGAGCCACGGAAGCGAUCUCCGGGCGUAUUUUCAAACUACAAAACCGAAUUUAAGAUCGGCGAAACGGUUGCAGUCGAUGUCAAGGACGACGGGAAAGGGUGAAAACUUUGAAAGUUUUUACCAAAGCACUCCGAGGGUCGAUUCCGACAUUGGACCGCUCACAUUGUGCCCCGAAUCUGGCGUCGCCGGAAGGAAAACCGUCGCCAUGACGCUGCCCGCGAAUCCGACGUUACUCGCGCCGAAUCGUUCGGGGCUAAGGACGAACGCCGAGCUCCCACAGAAUCUGAUGAACGAAGCGAGGGUCAAUCUACAGUCCCAUUUGUCGGAUUUCUUUCAACAGAUAUCCGUCGCCGCGAGCCCCGAGGACAUGAUGGAGGCCGAUCCGGUGGUCCCUUUGUCCAAAAGUCGAAUAUAUUCCCAAAAUUGUGACCCGCGGAAGGCGAAAUUCUCAGUUGAUUUUUGCCGUACUCCGCACAUACCGAAAUUAGCGAAAAUAACUAAGCUGCAUAACCGGUGUAGGACCCCGUACCACACCAAGGCACCGGGAUCUGGUCGGAGUCCCUUCAAGUCCAAGGACCCUUUCUCCGGCGUCGGUCCAACUCCGUUGAUCGCCAGGUUAACGCAUUUAAAAAUCGACCAGGACAUGGCGCGGUUAGAAAAUGUGGACAACGCCGUCGCUGAGGUACUCCACAAGGAGCAGGAAACGGGAAAUACCGUUUUGGGUAAAUCUGUGGCAGAAAUCCUCGCGUCUGACGCAACGGAAAGAUCCAUCGUACGAAACGAUCGUCCUGGUCUGCCGAAUCCCGAAGGCUAUCCAGAGGAUUUUGUCGGGGAAUGCGAAAGAGAAGAAAAGGAAAAAGAGAAAGACGGAGAAGAAGAGGAGCUGGGGAACGAGGAACAAAAAGUCAUCGGCGAGGGGGCGGAGAUGAAGGAGAACCUCUACGAGACUAUACAGGAGGUCCGGAGAAACUCGCUCAACGAACCCGUCGCCAUAAUCGCCGCACACAACGACAGCUCCGUGUUAUCCGCGAGUCAACUUCUCGAAGACCCUUCGCCCAUGUCCUGGAAGGCCGCUUCCGAAGCGUCACCUUGUGAAAUGGACGGUCAAUUCACCCUGCGGAGGCAACGGGCCAUCAGACGCAAAAGGACGGGGCAACAGCGCGACCUUCAAGAUGUCGAUGCCUCGCAUUUCGUCGUCAGUCGGAAGCGCGCGAAACGACGUUCGGCCAGUUUGAGUCCUAAGAAGAGCGUCGCUUUCCAGGAAUCGUGUUCUCCGGUUUCAAUCUGCGAGGCGGUCAACCUCGACGUUAAAAAAAUCAUCCUAGAAACCGACCUGGACGCUUCGACCUGCGAUAUCGAGACGACGACGUCCUGCGUCACCCACCAACCUUCGUUUUGCCCGAGUUCCGAUGACGUUAAAACCGGAAACUGCAGCGGCACGACCUCGGGAGUGGGGAAGACGUUGUACUGGGAAUUCGAAAGCCCGAAAUCCGCCUCGGCAAACGACGAUUUUCAAAGUUCGAAGUCUUUCCUUACCUCAACGUCCGUUACCCCAGAAGCUCCUUUGGUGGCUACGGUCAGAAGAUGUUUGAAAUACAGCCCGGAAGGUUCGUUGGAUGGUUACGAAUCGAGUACCAACGGAUCUCGAGGAUCGAUCGAAGUUGAAUUAUCGAGCGAAGAAGACCACAUAAGAGUUCAAGUGAUAAGGUGCAAGGAUUUGAAGCGAGCUUACGAGGGUCCUGUUCACGCAUACGUGAAAACAACCCUCCGAAAAUUGGACGGAGAAAUUAACGCCGUGAAAAGAACGGCCGUCCACAGAGCAACGCCGAACCCAGUCUUCCACGAGACCUUGAUUCUGCCCUGGACCAACAACAAUAAUAAUCCAAACGCUAAAUCAGCCAUCCUGGACAUUGCUGUUUGGCACAGAGACCGCAGAGCUAGGCGCAGUGAACUCUUGGGCUGCAUGACUCUGCCCCUGCCUUUAUCUCAGGACAAGGAGGCAACAUGGCACCCUUUGGAUGGUGGCUCGGGGCGAAAUUCGAGUACGCCGUACUCAGGAGUACAACAAGAUUACGAAGUAACACCGCCACUAACAAAAGAAGGAGAUCCAGAUAACAAUAACAGCGGCACAGAGGAUCUUACGUACCUACGGUACCUGGAAUUAGAGCCCAUUGAUCCAUUAACCGGCCAACCUCUCCAUCCAGGAUUCGCUGCUCGGGGUGGAAGGACGCCCUGCACGACCACGAGGAAAUUAGCGAGGCUAAACAACGCCCAACAGCAAAUUCCUUGGGGUUUUUCAUUGAGCUGGGGCAAGCCGCCUAAAGUGGAACGGGUAGAUUCCGGAAGUCCUGCAGAAAGAGCCGGCCUAAAAUCGGGUGAUUACGUAGUUUUUAUCGAGACAACGAACGUCGUUACUAAGCCAAGGGAUGAAAUACUUGGCCUUAUUCAAGGAGCAACGAACCAGUUAUUACUUGAAGUGUACAGAAAGGGCGGUGUUCAAACGCCACAUAGACGAAGUACAGUGAUACUUCAGGGUCCGAUUCCAGUCAGCAAUACCCCGCACACAGUCACCUUCACCGCAGAGGCCUUUCCAAAUGUGGCGCCAGACGCAUCUCCAGAAGAGGAACUGGCAAUUAGAGAGACUAGAUACUGCACCAGCUUAAAAAGCGGUCAUGUAAGGUUCACCGUUCCUUUGUCAGAACGCAGAGAUAUCCUCUCAGCAGCGGAUCACCUGAUACUUUUCCAAAAUUUGGAUGAGCUUCUUAAACUGUCUGAAGAAAUCCAGGAGGCUGGUGGUACCGUUGAGUGUUAUUUAUCCAAAGUUCCUAGAAUUAUAGCCAUCUACAGGAGAUAUUUGAGCGGUUUACAGAGAGCAUGCUGCCUACUCGUAGCCCUCAGACGCAAUACUGCCUUUGCUAGGCUUGCUUGCGAACCAGCAGUCCCUCAAAAAAGGAGACCCGAUCUCACCGGGGUCCUACUACUUCCCCUGGAGCAUUACAGAGAGAUGACGAGAUUAGUAAACUUGGCAUGUCCAAGAAACUGUAGAGAAGCCAGAGAUUUGGCUCAGGGUUACAGGGAGGCAACAGCAAAUGCUGGAGUGAUGGAACCUCCACGUGACACUGGAAGACCUUUAUUGAGUCUUCAGGAAGUCGAGUCUAGACUAGUGUUUGCUAGAUGUAAGCCAUUCACUUUGGCAAUGCCUGGCAGACAAUGGUUGUUCGGGGGUGCCUUAGCAAAAGUGGAGGGUCGAGCUCGUCUACAACCAUUUUGGGCGUUGUUAUUGACCGAUCUCUUAGUUUUUGCCAGAGUGUCGCGUGAUCGAGUUCUCUUUGUCACAGAAGAGCCACUCAGGUUGGCAGAUAUAGCGGAAGCCUGUUUCACUGUUAGGAAACGGCCUACAGAGUUUAGAUUACAAGUUGCUAUAUCGCCACGGAGCCUGUCUGGUGAAAAUGGAAACGUUGAAAGUACGAACAGUGGAGGGUGUAGUCCUCACGGAAGACCCAGAAGAAGAGUAUUGGUACUGAGGGCUCCAAGCUCAGAGCUCAAAGCUGUCUGGCAUAAUCUUCUUCAAAGGCAAAUAAUAUAUGUAAAUACAGGCUGUGGAAGUUCAACUGGUAUUGCCAGUCCCAUAGACAGUCCAACUACUGUAAGCAAUUUCACUACAGCAAUAGAAUCGAUUGGGAGUCGGCAGGUACAAAAGGGGACUCAACAGAUGGACGAUGAUGUUGAGCGAUCGGGAGAAAGCUUAGAUACAAUCCUAAAAAACUCCAAUCACAAUCACAAUCAUCUGGCACAAUGGGUCAGGAAUUCCCAUCGCAUUCCUCCACCAGACACCGAAGGUCCUUUGGAAGAAUGGACGAUCGAAGAGCUGGCUGCUAGGGCACCCAAAGAAACUAAUUCUAGACAAAAUCAUGAUGGAAUAUCUGAAGAAAUUGUGACCGUCAAUUCAGAUGUGGAACAACAAAGCACAACAUCUAGUGCUAGUCUCAGUACAAUUAGGUCAAACAGUCUUACAGGGAAGAAGAAUGGCAAUCACAUUACAAUGAAAGAAAAUUCUAAUGGCUCUGUUAACAUUUGCAGACGAUGCCAUAGGUCUGGAUGUCCUACUCCUCCUCUACCAAGGGAUCCAUUUUCACCUCUACCUCCAAAGAUUUCUGUGCUGCCGCCAACCCCAGAUUUGUGUACGCGACACAGAUUGCAUAACGGUUUGCAUGAUAAUUAUAGUCGAACUAAUAGCCCAAAUUGCACUCCAGCUGAUGGUAACACUGAGGAUGGGAGUGAAGAUGACCUGGAUUGUGACGGAGACGGAGAUCUUCCUUACAGAACAUUGAGAAGAUUUGGGACGAUGAGUAGUUUAGACCAAGAUGAUGACUUGGACGACCAGCCAGAUGAUUAUAAUCAAGACAUGGAGUCACCACCAUCUGGUCUGAGAGCGUGGACAGCUAGAGCUAGCAACUACGUCGUUAGUAAAAUGGCUCUGCUAGAACAAUUGGGUGAAGUUGUCGGUGGUCACCUUCUACAUCCACCUAUCCCACCAGAGAGAACAGAAUUCUCCCUGGAUCCGAAUAACGACGAAGAAGGUACCACUUCAGGGGCAACAUCAGGUGAUGAUAUCUGGGGUACUCCAACCUCAGGUGGCCCUGAUGAUGAAAGCUUCCCUAUGAGUCCGCCACCGUCUUCUACCGCCAGUGCCAUUGCCUCCGGAGAAGACAACUAUGGUCUCAAUCUGAAUAUGGAUGAUGAUCAGGACUUGGAAUCGGAAGGCAGAGAUGGAAUCCCCUCAAUAAGUAUGGACCAGUUGCUCGCUGGUGGCAGUGUUAGCUCUUUGAGAUGUUUUAUCGCUAGAAGGAGACUGGAGCCUCUUCUGGAAGAGGAAGAUUCCCCAGGAAGUGGAAAGCAACAAGUUGGGUGGUGGUGACAACGGUUCAAAGGUGAUUCAGGGGCUCAAACGUUGCAAACUGUUGACUCAAAUCAAGAAACAUUGGCAAGAGAGUUAAAUUUUGCAAAGUUGAGCCGUGAGGACAUAGAGUUUAAGAAAAAGAUACUAGACUUACAUAGAAAACUGUCUCAUGUUGAUGAUGGCAAAGGAAGUUCAGGGUCACCGUCCAAAAAUCAUGAUUCGAACUAUGUACGAUCUGAAGCAAUAUUGACGACACUGAAGAGUUCUACAAUUGAAAGCAAAACUGAGCAGCGUUUGGAAAAACCAGAAUCUACAAAUUCGGAUGAAACGCGUAAUGGCAGACAUACAUUUGCAACACAUUCGAGUUGGAGUAAGUCUGAAGAAUCAGAACGAUCAUCAAAAUCUGACCAACACGAUUCUACGCUCCAAGUAUCAGAAUCAUCAGAACCAAAUGUUCCGGGUCAUUCGAUGAUAAGGAGACGGAGUAUGAAGCUCUUGAGUUUUUUGAGCGGAAAAUCGUGUGAAAGAUCACAAGAAGAGCGUGCUGCCAAGUUGCUGAAGAUGUAUAUGCCGGUAGAGAAGCCAAAAGAAACCAAGCCACAAAAUACAAUUUCUAUUCACCAUACGUCCAGAGAUAGAAGAUUUUGGAAAUUACGAAGUCGCAGAAGAUCCAGCUCUGCAUAAACUGUACAGAAAGUUUGUUAAAUAUUCUCCAAUCGUUGUCUCUCCAUGAAUAGGCCUUCCAAGAUGUUCGUGUUAUUAAAGUUUUAUGAAUUUUACAAAUACAAUUAAGGAUCUCAGAUUGUUUUCAUAGCACUUAGAAACUAUCAAUUAAUUAAUUAAUUAAUUAACGAAUACAGUAAACGAAAUAGUCAUAUUGUAGCCACUACGGUACUCCAAAGUAAGGUACAUUAGUAUUCCUCAUCAAAAUAUAUUACAAAGAUUCAAUCGGGUCGUCAUGGUAAGUAGUGUGCUUGACAAGAAACAGAGUAAGCAAAUCUUUAUCGAUACAUCUUCAAAAGUCGUAUAUCACAACUAGCGUAUUAUUUUUGAUUAUUGUUAAUCAGAGGAUCUUUUAUUUCCAGCUAUUUCGUGAUAACGUUACUUUCAAUUUGUUAUAUGACAUACACAUAGAUCCACCCGACUGACCCAAUGCGGCACACACGUUCUGAACUGCAUUGUGUGCCAUUGUAUUAGAAAAUUUGAGAUGAAAUUAUAAUGGAAACUAACCAUUGUCAUUAGUAGUUUGUAAAAUAGCUCUACAGCUAAAAACAAAAUACAAAUAAAUCAAA